ACAGGCAUGGAUGAUAUGUUUCUCUGCGUAGUUUUGGCUCUUCUCUUUCUUCUUCUUGCCUUAAACUUCUGCUUACGAAAAUGCAUGCAAUAUAGAAACCUCCCACCAAGUCCACCUGCUCUUCCAAUUAUAGGUCAUCUCCAUUUAGUCAAUCUUCCCCUCCAUCGAUCUCUCGAUGCUCUUUCACUGAAAUAUGGUCCAAUCAUUUCUCUCCGAUUCGGUUCUCGCCGAGUUAUGGUCAUAUCAUCGCCGUCCGCAGUGGAGGAAUGCUUAACAACAAAUGAUAUUGUUUUCGCCAAUCGUCCCCCCUUAACCAUUCAGAAAUAUGUUGGUUACAACAACACCACCCUUGCAACGGCCUCGUACGGCGACCACUGGCGCAAUCUCCGUCGGAUAAGCAGUCUUGAAGUUUUCUCAUCGAGUCGUCUAAAUGCGUUCAAAGACAUCAGGAGAGAUGAGAUCAAGAUUUUCUUGAAGAAACUCUAUAGUGUUUCGAGCCAUGAUUUUGCUAAGGUAGAAUUGAAACCAAUGCUCACAGAGCUAACCUUUAACAUAAUCAUGCGCAUGGUUGCCGGGAAGCGGUACUACGGCGAGGAAGUGGCUGGAAAGGACAAGGCAGAGGCAGAGCAAUUCAGGGAGAUGAUAGCGGAGGUUUUUGCAUAUGCUGGAGCCUCAUAUCUUGGAGAUUUCUUGCCCUUCUUGAAGUGGAUUGACUACCAGGGUUUUGUGAAGAGAAUGAUGAGGCUUGCCAAAAGAACUGAUAGGUUUCUGCAAAAUCUUAUUGACGAGCAUCGGAGAGAUGACAAGACAAGACCGGAGAGAAGGAAGGAUACCAUGAUCGGCCAUCUUAUUUCUAUGCAAGAAUCACAGCCAGAAUACUAUACAGAUGAAGUUAUCAAGGGCCUGGUUCUGGAUAUUGUAUUUGGUGGUACCGAAUCCUCAGCUGUGACAUUAGAAUGGGCAAUGUCCAAUCUCCUUAAUCAUCCACAAGUCUUGGAGAAAGGAAAAGAUGAAUUGGACUCACAUAUCGGUGAAGAAAGUUUGAUGGAUGAAUCUGAUAUUUCCAAGCUGCCAUAUCUUCAAAACAUAAUCACAGAGACCAUGAGAUUGCAUCCAGCAGGUCCAUUGCUUAUUCCACAUUUAUCGUCUCAAGAGUGCAGUGUUGGAGGAUACCAUGUAGAAGCCGAUACGAUGCUGCUUGUUAAUGUAUGGGCUAUACACAGGGACCCUGAGUUUUGGGAAGAUGCAAGUGAGUUUAAACCUGAGAGGUUCGAGAGUAAUGCAGGUCAAGGUUCUGAGGCUUACAAGUAUUUGCCAUUUGGGUUGGGAAGGAGGUCGUGUCCUGGGAUGGGUCUUGCAAAUCGUGUUGUAGGGUUUGCUUUGGGGUCUAUGAUUCAAUGUUUUGAAUGGAAAAGGGUAAGUGACCAAGAAAUUGAGAUGUCAGAAGGAAGAGGGCUCACCAUGCCAAAGGCUGAGCCACUGGAGGCAUUAUGCAAGGCUCGUAAUAACAUGAAGAAUGUGUUAUCUUCUUCUUUUCAAAGCUAGUCAGUCUACUUAACAAAGUAAAACUUUGUUUAGACGAUUCGCAGGGUAAAAUAAGUAUGAGACCUACAUAAAAUUUUAUGUAUUUAUACUACGAUCUAUCUAAACUUCUUAUAAAUAAAUAGAUUAAUGGAAUUUCUGUAUUAUUUUUCUUUAUAU